AUGGACGUAUUCGGCAAAAAGUUUCCCAUUGUCUGCGCAGGCGGUGGUGGCAGCGGCGGCACCGAACUCGAUGACAAGUGCACCGUCUGCUUCUGCAUCCAAAUGACUUGUUUUAAUUUCCCCAACCGACUGCGAAUCAAUGAGCAUUUUGAUCAAGAACCGGAUAUCAAUACCGGACAGCAGGACCCUUUAGGCAAUACAGAAUCAAAAGAAGACUUGCUGCAGCAGCAAGAAGUACAGGAAGACAGUGCCCAGGAAGAAAAGGAUAGCAGCAAAGUUUGUGAUUUGAAUAAUAGCGCUACCCACGACUCUAGUGAAAUAACUAAUAAUUCCGACGUCGAGUGUAGUAUACCAGUAUCCCUUGUUCAAGAUUAUCAAGUCAAUAGAGAACCCAGCCCUGGUUGCCCAUCGUCACGAGAGUCGCCUAUGAGUGUUCUUUGUCAUUCAAGUGAAUCGCCCCAUUCUUCUGGUAGGGUAUAUGGCAGCGAGUCCUCGAGUCCUGCAAAUCAAGCAGCAGCAAUGGCAGCCUAUCUUGCGGCAGCACAUCACAAUGCAGCUAAAACAAUGUCAGAAUGCCCACCAUCGCCCACAGUAACAUCAUCAAUUUCACCGCCAGGAGAGGUUGUAUUAGAUUUUAGUACAAGGCGAUCACCACGUUGUGUCACUCCCGAGAAAGUGGCACCGAUGUCAGAAAAUGGUCCUCUUGAUUUAUCAGUAAGCAACCGAAAGAGAACUACUCCCGAACCUAUUUCUCAUGGACAGAGGAAAAGUUUACGCACUAGUGUCGAUCAGCCGCCAGCAGCGUGGCCUUCGCCAUAUUUUGCAGCGGUUGCAGCAGGUUUAGCCAAUGGCAGAAAUACUUCGUCUAUUAAAGCAAGUACUAAUGACGGAGCAAAAGCUUUAGAAAAAAUGGGCGAAUUAAGCCGUUUAGGAUCUAGUGAUGAGUCACAGCGAGGACGACAUGGAGCAUGGCAAUCGCAUUGGUUAAGUAAGGGGGCGGAACAGGCACGCGAUGUACUUAAGUGCGUGUGGUGUAAACAAAGUUUCCAAACUUUAGCCGCUAUGACAGUUCACAUGAAAGAAGCCAAACACUGCGGGAUGAACGCGCCCGCAUCUUCGCUGACUGCGUCUUCCCCUCAACCGCCACCAUCUCAAAUAGCGUCACCCAAACAGCCACAAAAUGAAUUAAGCUUACUAAUUAAGGAUAGUAUGCCAUUACCUCGAAAAUUGGUCAGAGGUCAAGAUGUUUGGCUGGGAAAAGGCGCAGAACAAACAAGGCAGAUUUUGAAAUGCAUGUGGUGCGGGCAGAGUUUCCGAUCUUUAGCAGAAAUGACUAGUCAUAUGCAACAGACCCAACAUUAUACAAAUAUUAUAUCACAAGAACAAAUAAUUUCGUGGAAAUCGUCAGAUGAAAAAGGAGGAAGUGCUCAAAAUUCAUCCGGAAAUUCUUCAAGCGCUGCACCGCAUGGCCCAGGAGGUCACGUGAGUGCUGUACUAACGUGCAAAGUAUGCGAUCAAGCAUUUUCUUCCUUAAAAGAAUUAAGUAAUCAUAUGGUAAAAAAUUCUCAUUAUAAGGAGCAUAUCAUGCGAUCUAUUACCGAAAGUGGAGGCAGAAGACGCCAAACUCGUGAGAAAAGGAAAAAAUCUUUACCGGUGCGGAAACUUUUAGAAUUAGAGCGUGCUCAAAAUGAACUUAAAAAUGGUGAUGCUCCGACAGGACGUAUAAGUUGUGAAAAAUGUGGUGAAAAAAUUGAUACAAGUGUUUUUGUAGAACAUAUUCGUCAAUGUGUUGGUGGUAGUACUUCGCAAAGAAAUUUGUUAAAAAAUGCUUUGUUAGUAGGCGCUCCAGGCGGAGAGCAUAUAUUACCUCCGUCGCAAUUGUCCGAAAAUAAUGAAUCUGCAAAAGCUGUGUCUCCAACAUCGUUGGGAGGUUCUUCUCCGCCCUUACCAGAGAAAAGCUCGUCGCCAUCUGUUCUCAAUGCUAUUGAACAACUGAUCGAAAAGAGUUUUGAUUCGAGAACACGUCAUGGUGCUAAUUAUUCGCCACAUUGCGCGCCAAUGGGAAGCAGUAUUUUAAAACGGUUGGGGAUUGAUGAUAGUGUGGAUUACACGAAACCUCUUGUAGAUGCACAGACUGUUGCAUUGUUGCGCAGCUACCAGCAGAACCAAAACCAACAACAACAAUGCUAUUCUAGAAGAGAACGUAGUGGUAGCGAGUCAAGUUCCGUUUCAGAUCGCGGAGGUCGUCAAGAGUCUUUGACACCUGAUAGUAAAAUGGAGCCACCAGCAUUUGCAGGAACCCCACGUUCUACACCAGACAGAAGGGUAUCUACACCUCAAGCGGAAGAAUCUCCGACUUUGGUUAGGGUAAAAUUGGAACCAGGAACCUCGGAAAUUAUGAGCACAGAUUUAAGUAAGAUUUCGAUGAAAAAGGAACCUGAUGAUGAGUCUCGAAGCCCACAAUCUCGUCGUGCCACACCUAGUCCUGCAGCGGAAUCGCCGCGUUCUACACCUGGGACCAGCGGUCGUAAAGAUGGGGGUAGUUUAGGUGCCCUUUCAUCUAUGUUUGAUAGCCUAUCAGGAACAUCUUCAACAUCUCAAGCGCAAACGGAAAACAGCAGCGGUCAGAAACGACCGGGUUCCCAUCCGUUAGCAGCGCUACAAAAACUAUGUGACAAAACGGAAAAUCACCAUUCAACACGCAGUCAGGUUACACCUGCAACUGCAGCUUGUUCCACAUCGAGUAGUACUGGAUCCGCCACAGGAGCGAUUUUAGCAUUCAGCUGGGCCUGCAACGAUGCAGUUGUGAACUCCGAUUCUGUUAUGAAAUGUGCGUUUUGCGAUACUCCUUUUAUCUCGAAAGGUGCUUAUCGUCAUCAUUUAUCUAAGAUGCAUUUUGUGAAAGAUGGGGCAUUGCCCGAACCUGUGGCAAUAACAACACCUAAACUAACAACUUCCGAAUCUGGUCCUAGUCCAGUGGCAACAACAGCUACAAAUUCAAGCAAGUCAAGUGUUUUGCAAAGCAAUGCGCAAAUUAGUAGUCCGUCAUCGCAGUCUGCAAGUUUUGAUGAGAGUCCCCACUCUAAGUUCCUCAAGUAUACUGAAUUAGCUAAACAACUAUCAAGUAAAUAUGUUUAGAGAAAAAGUGUGAAUGAUCAUUGUGAUAAUACCAUAUCCCAUAUAUUGAUUGAGUGUGUUAAAUAACUAUCAGCAUAAU